GAGAAGACAAGUUGUAGAUGUAGUCGAUGCAGGCAGACGAGCAUCGAAGCCAUCACCAGUAAUCCGUCGACAACGAUGCUAGCCUUCAAGUUGUUGUAGCACCCUUUUUAGAUCCGAUUUUUAAGGUUUAUGAGGUAUCGAGAUGAAGAUGAUCACAUGAGCGAUUAAUUCAUAUCAUAAGCAGCUGGAUCUUUUUUAUUGUGGCGCAGGUGAAUUGAACCAAAACCAAUUAGUUUCCACCCGAGGACGCGUGUGUGGUGGGGUCACCACCCCUUAGGACUCGAUGGUUCGUUAGAGACGAGAUCACAACCAACCGCCCAGAUCACAGGGACGGUGUGAUGGCUGAGGGAUGAGGCGCCAGGCUCGUUGGGCGAUUUGAUUCUUCCCGAUCCUGAUCUCGCGUGUUCAGGUUUAUUUGGCUGGCCGGGGAGGGAUCGCUGGUGUCGAGUCGACAUGCUAAGCCGCGGAGCCGUGCGGUCGCUGUUGGCUCGUCUCCGGCUGCCGCCUCGGGGUUGGAACCCCGCCAUGCCGCCGUCGGCGGCCGCCCAUCGCGCCUGCUUGUGCAGUCUCAGCCACUCCAGUGCGUACGGCGAGAGUGGCAGGAUGAUGCCGGGGAAGAAGGGGUUUCUUGAUCUGGGGGCCGGGAGGAGGUUUGCGCCGGUAGGCGCGCUGAGCUUGAAGGGGUGCCUGGGAUGGCAGGACGGCGGCGGCGGGUUCAGGAGGGUGGACGGGGAGGCGGCGGGGAUCAAGGCGCAGGUGCUCACCACGCAGCGGCAGCUGCUCUGUGAUCCGGAGGUGCUACCGCUGGAGGACGCCGGCACGAAGACCUUGAACGGGAACGGCGCAUGCCGGCGAGGGAAGCCCCUGGGGUUCCCUGAGCAUGCUGUGGCGGCUAAGAUGGUGGUUGCUGUUGAUGUGGAUGAAGUUCUUGGAAGCUUUCUUGCGGCUCUGAACAAAUUCAUUGCAGAUCGCUAUUCUUGGAAUCAUUCAGUAUCAGAAUACCAUGUAUAUGAGUUCUUCAAGAUAUGGAACUGUUCUCGGGACAGAGCUAAUUUUCUUGUCCACGAGUUCUUCACAACCCAUUACUUCCAAGAUGGUAUACAUCCUAUCCCGGGCGCACGAGAUGCUCUGCAAAAUCUUUCUUCUUUCUGUAGCUUGUCUGUAGUAACAUCUCGGCAGGAUGCAAUUAGAAAUCACACAUUACAAUGGAUCGAGAAGUAUUAUCCAGGCUUAUUUGAGCAGAUCCAUUUCGGAAAUCAUUUCGCUUUGGAAGGUCAAUCAAGACCAAAAUCAGAGAUUUGCAGAUCUUUCGGUGCUCAGGUUUUAAUAGAUGACAACCCAAGAUAUGCUCUAGAGUGUGCUGAGGACGGCAUGAGGGUCCUGCUCUUUGAUUACGAUAACUCGUAUCCUUGGUGCAAAACUGGAGUUGAUCAGUCGCAUCCUCUGGUGACCAAGGUCCACAACUGGGAUGAAGUCGAGGAGAAACUUCUUUCAUGGGUCGUACCUGAGAGCUGACGUUCAUUCCCCAUUUGAGAUCAGCAAAUGGCUCCUGUUGCUUGAUUUCGGAUGAACAUGUUCGGGCGAACAUUGCUUGAUUCCUAGAGCUUGAUUUUCAAUACGCUACACACGAAGAUGUGUCAGAGUAAACUAGGAUAUUCCAUAUAUUUAGUUAGAGACUGGCCAUUGAACAUUGCUUUAGUGUUACGGGCUGCUUGUAGGCCCGGAAGGAAACCGGUCUAGGCCCCUUCGGUACAAAGGAAAAAUGGAGGAAUUUCAAAGGAUUUGAAUCUUAUAGGAAAAAUUCCUAU